AAUUGAGGGGAUAUUCAAACAUUUGCGUAACGUUCAUGAGGAUCUGCAAUCAUGAUUCUUGCACUUAUCACUUUUGUGUAUAAGCUAAAAAUAUUCGUCCUUAAGAUCCUCCAGUUGCUUCUAUUAAAGUCUUCCCUGAGUGCUUAUUUUCAGUCUUCUUGGUCUGAUCUUGAAAAAAAUCAUACGAAGUUACCGAAAAUACCACAACAUAUAUCAUUUGUGAUUUUUGAGGAAAUAUUCUCUGCACAAGAUAUUGCAAAUUUGGUUAUAUGGUGCUCAGCGAUCGGUGUUUCGUACCUUUCACUGUCUGAUAUGAAGGGCAAUAUUUUGCAUCUAAGAGAUAGUGUUGAACAUUUUAUCAAAGAAAAAAACUAUUCUGUAAAGAAAAACAAGGAAGCUAAAUCUUCUGUUAUAUACAGUCCUUUGAGUCGUGUACUAUCAAAAAUCACUGUGAACUAUCUUGGUUGUGAUGAUGGAUUUGAUCAGAUAUGUCAGUCUGCACGUUAUUUAUGCACAUCUGCCAGUACUCUUACAGAUGAAAAGGUCAACCAAACUAUUGCUGAAUUAACUAAAGUUCCAGAUGUUGACCUCACUAUUCACUGUGGAUUGUCUUCAAGUUUCUCUGGUCUUUUGCCAUGGCAAAGUCGGUUUUCGGAGUUCAUACAAUGUCCUUCCGUCCGAGGCCUUCGGUUGUCUGACUUCCACCAAAUUGUAUGUCGUUUUGGGAUGGUCAAACAACGCUGGGGUCGUUGAAAAGAUUUCGCGAUUCAUUUCUAUACUCAUAGUCAUAAUAAACACUCUAGUAACAACUGUCAUGUAUUUCUGUUCACUGUUAGACUAUUUCAGACUGCUGUCAGUAAAAACUACUGCUAUGUUAAUAAUGUACGAUUAGUUCUCUACUUUACUCUGUCAAGUCCUUCAAUAUAUAUAUAUAUAUUUGUAACCUGUACCAUUUUAUACUACUCGUAUUUGUAUGAAAAGAAUGUUGGUGUUAUUUUACUUCCUCGCACUAAAACUGUACAGUAUGAUAAUAACUAAACCGAUGGGAAUACUGUUCACAAUUUUCAGUAACUUUUCUCCUCUGUGUUGUUCACUGACUUAAUGAGCAUGUACGUACGAACUAUAUUUAUCUGACUAGGUUUUUUGUGUUUAUUACUAUUAUUGUUAUACACUGGUAGCAACAACUUUAAAUAUAAAUAACUUAUUUUACUACUUUUUCUGUUCUUUUUCAAGUUUACUUAGCGACACUCGUCACUCUUCUGAAAUUAGUCAUUCGAAUAUACUAAAUACGGGUAACUAAAAGACAAAGUCGAGGCAUUCAUUCACGAUACACAUCAGAGACUUUAAUCACAGUCCUAAGCAUUAAUAACAAAAGUGCGAACUGUCACUAAUAUUUUCAUCUUCUCUGAACAAGUUAAUAGUUAUCUGGACUAACCAACUUCAUAGGUGAUACAUUGGAUUUAAGAUCUUCAGGAACUGGGUCCGAGUACGUGUAAAUAUGAAGGGGUAAAUACGUGCAUCUGACGAGUCCCUUAUGUGUUAUAUGCGUCUUCUGCUUCCCACCGUUACAAACCAUUUAUUUAUUAUUUAUUUAUUUUAACACAU